AAAUACAUACGUUAUAUACAUAUACUAUAUACGGUAGUGACUUAAGGUAUACAAAGAAGGAGCCGCUGCUCCACAGAAAAUAAAAGCUACUUUAAGAUUCCUAUCAUAAAACAGAAACCAAAGCUACGAUGUCGUACUAUAUAUACUUACAACAAAUCAUAUCAACCACCAACACAUGCAAUUAAGUAUAAUGUGUGUUGAUGUUAUUAUACUACCAAUUCUCAAGUAGGUGCAUGGCUGUAUAAACACACAAAGUAAACCGUAAUGCUAUAAACACGAAAGUGUAAGUGGAAUAAUUAUAGUUAUAUGGAGGUGGCCCAGAACUAACAUUCGGGAAAGUAUAAAGGCAUGCAAUCCAAUUAAAUCCAAUACAAGAGUUAAUCUACAACUUUACUGGUUUUGAGAUCAACGUACAAUGCAAUUGCUACUAUUUGCUGUUGUGCUGGCUGUAACACAUCAAGGACACUGCUUUACAGACUUCAGACAAGACUGGGACAAUAUUUUGUAUGUCAGAUCAGACAAUGGAUUGAACACGAUAUGCCCAAGGCAACCAUGUGAGACACUGGACCAUUACGCAAACGUAAGUCAUUUGAACAACACAAAGUUCAUGUUCAUGCCAGGAUUGCACACUCUCAGUAAAAACUUUCGCAUUGACUCUCUCAUGAAUAUUGAACUCGAUAGUAUGAAGGAUAGCAGAAAUGAGACAGAGAUUGUAAAAAUUCAGUGUUAUAAAGCAGCAGGAUUUAUGUUUAAAAACGUAAACUUUAUCACUAUCAAAAAUCUGCAAAUCUCUGCAUGUGGUCAAAAUAUACCAGUUAGUACUUACAGCGAAUUAGGGCACUUUCAAGCGGCAGUUGCUCUUAAGGAUGUAACUGCUCUAACAAUGCAAUCGAUAACCAUUCGCGACAGUAAUGGAUACGGGAUAGCUGCUGAGGGACUGUAUGGAUACUCAAUAAUGGAGGACUGCCUACUGGUGAACAACACUGGUAGCGAAAAAUUCUUUGGGGGUAAUUUUGUACUAAAAUACUACGAAGAUUUUCCAAGUAUUGACACAAACGAGCGGAUUUAUGUGAGAAUUAUGAGAUGUAAAUUUUUGAAUGGAAGUGCACAACAUAUCAAACAUGACUCAUAUACCAAACGUCAAACCAAAGCAACUGGCAUAUCUUUGUUUCUUUCGUGCACAAAUGUUACUAUUCACAUGUCAGAGGUGCAACUAAAAUACAAUAAAGCAUACAGCUUUUCCAGUAAAGGAGGAAACCUUUUCAUUCUGCUCGGAAACGCCAAACAAUAUACGAGCAAUACGGUCAUUGUGGAGAAUAGUAACGUUGUCAAGGGAACAGCAGUUAUGGGUGGAGGAGCAUACGUUACUUUCAAGCAGCCUCCCCAAGAACCUGACAACAUAACAGUUGCAUGCGAAAACUAUGUUAGUUUUAGAAAUGUAAACUUUACUAGUAACAGUGGUAAAGUUAGAGGAGGUGCUCUGUACAUAUUGUUUGAAACAGCGAGCAUGUACAAGUCUUGUCCUAAAGGAACUGUUGAAAUAGACGGCUGUUACUUUGUAGACAAUAUUUUAAAUGCUUCCGAAGCAGACAGUGGUCUAGCUAUCAACAUAUAUUGCUAUCUGAUUAACGGAGUGGAAGCAACAUCUCUUCCUUUCAAUACAGUUAUCAUUGCUCGAAGUCACUUUCUGAGAAACAAACUUUUAACGCAGACAGAAAAUAGUCAAGAUCUAAUUUCCGGAGGAGCUACUGUCUUCAUUAGUAAACAGAGAAGACAAACAUUAUCAAUGACUCUAGCUUUGUAAAUAACAGCAUAACGGCCAUUUCUGCUUUCAGGUCAAAUAUUGUGUUCAGUGGCAUUGUGACCAUAACAAAUAAUACAGGCCUUGAUGGUGGGGGCCUAGUUCUCUGUCAAAGUUCGUACAUUUUGUUCAGCCCAAAUACCACUUUGACAUUUGAAAAUAACAAAGCUAUUUUAUCUGGAGGAGGCAUAUACGCAGAAGAUCAGUGCUUACAAUCUAAGCCACUGUGUUUUUAUCAAGUGCACAUUGCUAGCAAUUCGUUACCUAAACCUCAAAAGAAGCAAAUAUUGGACACCAUUCAUGUGGUAAUGAUCAACAACACUGCUGGAUACGCUGGAAGUCAGAUAUUUGGAGGGUUUAUGGAUAAAUGCCAUACAACAUUUGGCAUCAAUAGUACGCUAGUUUACAAAAAAAUUUUUAAUGAAGUUUCAUGGCAAUGGAACAAAUCUAAUCUCUCCUAUGUGACCUCAUUUCCAAAACAUAUUUGCUUUUGUGCAGGAAAAAAAAUUAAUUGUGAAAAAAACAACAGAAGUAUCCAUCAAACCAUAUAUCCAGGUCAAUUGUUCGAUGUGUCUCUUGUUGCUGUGGGACAAUUUAACAAUCCUGUUCCAGCUACUAUCUUGAUCUUGGCCAACAUCUCAAGAGGGAAACCUUACCAUCAUACUAUCAAAGCUGAAUGCAGUACCAUAACACUGACAUCAGGACAAAAUACUACUACAAGAGAGGGAAAAGUAGUAAUUCUCAUACAAUCAGACUCUGGUGCCCUAGGAGGAACUUACUCACGAUCGAUAAACAUAACAUAUCGAAACUGUCCAUUGGGAACUGUAAUAAAUAAAACAACUGGCUUUUGUUAUUGGUCUUCCGAAGACAGUACUUAUAACGCUAGUGACCAAACUAUUCAAAAACCAGGCUUAACAUGGAUAGGUUACCAUAACGAUACUGAUACUGACUCCAAAAUUGGAAAUGGUUUCAUAAAGUUUUCAUACUGUCCACAGCUGUAUUGUGACUAUAAUGUAAUAUCUAUAAACAUCAGUGAAACAUUCGAUCCAGAUCAGCAAUGUCGAAGAGACAGAACCGGAAUUUUAUGUGGAGCGUGUAGGACGCCAUACAGCUCAGCCAUAAGUUCAACCAAGUGUGUCCAGUGUUCAGACCAUAGUAUUACAUACCGGCUUCUCCUUCUGCUAGGCCCUCUAGUGGUUGCAGUUCUAGCUCUGCUCUUCAUGCUUUGGUGUAAUGUGACCAUCACAGACGGAACAAUAAAUGGAUUCCUAUUCUACACUAGUAUGUUUCAUGUUAGCGAGGAAUUAUUCUUACAUCCUUUGCAAUGGUCUUCUGCCUUAUCCAGCCUGGUGGCUUGGUUCAACUUGUAUAUAGGCAUGAGUGUGUGCUUUUACAAUGGUUUCGAUGUUUUUGGACAAGUCAUCUUGAAUUUGUUUGUACCUCUAUUUGUUUGGAUAGGAUUAGGACUACUAAUUAUUAUUAGCUCAAAAUCAAGUCGGAUUACUCGAUUUGUUGGUAAGAAUGCUGUGAAAGUGCUGGCUACAAUCAUACUACUUUCCUACACCACAAUUCUUCAAGCUGAAGUGGCUGUGUUUUCCUGCUCAACGAUACAAUAUCCUAAUGUUGUAUCUAUUAAUUGUCUUCACUUUGACAUAGAUAAAUAUUCUUGGGGUAGAAUAGAACACACCGAGCACAGUACAGAACCUUCUUAUAUAUACAAAGCUAAAGUAACUUCUAGAAGUUUCCACUAAGUACAAAGUACAGUUCCAAUUCUAGCUAGAUUGUUCUAGAUCAUUACAGAUACAUUACAGCUACUUCUAGAUAGUUCCGGUGGAUACUACACCUAACAAUACCAGUAAGCAACACUGGUUACCCGACGGUAAUGUAUUGUGUUGGCAAGGGAAGCACCUAGCUCUGGUGGUGAUUGGUGUUUUGUUUGGAAUAGCUACUGUUCUGUAUACUAUAAUGCUCCUUUAUUCAACCAUUGCAAAGAUAUUCUCAUGUGAGGGGACUGAGAUGGGUGGCUAAACUAAAGCCAUUUUUGACGCUUACACUAGCCCUCAUGUGAUCAAGCAUCGCUAUCGAUUCUGGACUGGGCUGUUACUCUUAUUUAGAAUGAUUAGUAGUAUUUGGUUUGCUGUUACCUCAAAGAACAACGAGUACAAGGACUAUGGGGUAGCAUUGACAGUAAUAUGCAUCCUUAUUUUGAGUAUUAUUGUUUUUCUUGGAGGAAUCUACAAACAACAGUGGUUGAAUAUUCUUAAUGCUUCGUUUUACACAAAUCUAACCAUUUUGUCAUUUUUUUCAUUUUAUUCGGCUACAAGACAACCUGAAUUUAGUGGAAGAGGCAACGAAACACAAAUCACUGCCACUUACACUUCACUAGUCAUAGCCUUUGUGACGUUUCUGUUCAUUCUCGCCUACCAUGUGUACAAACGUCUGAAAGAGACCAGUCUGCUCGCUCGCUGUGUGGGAAGUAUUCAGGGGACUCGAUGUUGGAGAGCAGCUGUCGAACACUGGAACAGAGGCAGGAUACAAUACGUAAGGCUGCCCCAAGAAGACCCUCAGGUUCAAGAAAUGAACAAUGAUUUCAAUGGCGAAAGACAGCUCGACGAGAAUUAUAACUGGGAGAGAGAGCUAGAUGUACAAGACAGAGAGCUCAAUUCUGAAGAUGAUCAUGUUCCAAAACCUGAUUCACAAGAAGAAAGCUGCGAGCCAAGAUCAAGUGAAGAAACCAAUUAAAGUUUAUUUAGAUACAUUGUAGCUAUCCAUACACACUUGUGUGAAAUACUGCAUUAGACAUAAAAAACAGAAAGUACUUACUAGUAUAAACAUUUCAUAAUGUAAAUGAUACACAUUGCAACAACAUUGCAAAGUGCAUAUACUUGACAAUGACUAAUAAUUAUAUUGAAAGAUAUGCCAAACUAUAAUAUUAUUGUGCCUAAAAGUCCACAAACAAAGAUGCUGUACAAACAUGUAUGUUUUACUUCACUAGUGGUCAUGGUUGAUUGCACUUCAAGUUUUAACUUCUGCCAACCAACUUGAAAUCCUCUGUAUUGCAGGUUCCAUUAUUAGAUCAAACAUGUUAUCAGUCACACAUGUACAGAGCACUUAGCACAUUACAAACAAGGAGUGUGGUUAAGAUGUUAGUGAAUCCGCAAAAAAGGAUCGCAAUACUAUUCAGAUUAAGACCAGGAAGACGCUCCAUCCCCUCAUCUGCUCUUGACCGUAUACAUGUAUAUAGGGUGUAAAUUUGGCGAGGAAAUGAAGGUAGAGAUCACACACAAAAAUAACUUUACCAACGUGUUAGGAAUGCGCAUAAUAAUAUACAUGUACUUCAAUGCUCUGUACACUUUAAUGCUCCCUUUUAUUCAACCGCGCGCUACAAAUAUUUUCAUGUGAGAGGACGAAGAUGAGUGGCAAACUAAAGCCAUUUUUUACGCUUACACUAGCCCACAUUUGAUUAAACAUCACUAUCGAUUCUGGACUGGACUGUAUACUCUUAUUUAGAAUGAUUUGGUUUGCUAUGACCUCCAAGAAUAAUGAGUACAAAUACUAUGGGGUAGCAUUGACAGUAAUGCAUCCUAAUUUUUACUUUCUUGUGGGAAUCUAUACCAAAAAUGUGGUUGAAUAUUCUUAAUGCUUUGUUUUACACAAAUCUAUAUAGUUAUAGUUAACCAUUUUGUCAUUUUUCUCUUUCCGUUCAACUACAAAACAACCUGAAUUUAGUGGACAAGGCAAUAAUACACAAUUCACUGCCACCUACACUUAACUAUAGUCACAGCCUUUGACAUUUCUUUUCAUUAUCUCCUAUCACGUGUAUAGAUGUACAAGAGAGAGAGCAUUCUGAAGAUAAUCAUGUCCACAACAUCUGAUUCACGAGGAGAAAACAGUGAGCCAAGAUCAAGUGAAGAUACCAACUGAGAAACUAAAGAUACAUUGUAGCUAUAUCUAGAGAGUGUAGACACAUUUGUGUCAAGUACUGCAUUAUAGAAAUAGAAAUAGAAAACAAAAUGUACUUACAAGUAUAUACAUAAUGUAAAU